AUGGAGCCUGUUAAUCCUGUUACCACUAGAGGAACUCGGGACAAGUCUCCUCAGGCCACCACUGCAGCUGCUGUGGCUGGAGCUGUGCCAGCAACCACACCGGGGACCAAGAAGAAGCACAAGAAAGUUGGAUUUCCCUCAGAUGGAGAGAGAUAUAUGCAACUCACAAAUGAAAAACAUGCAGAAGAGAAACCCAUUAAUGCUAUCGUUAUAAAUUCAGGAUCCGAAUUCAACAUCACAGAUGGGCCAGCCAAGGAAACUUCCACUGAGAAAAAACUGUCAGAAUCCACCACAUCACUGUCCUCCCUUGAAGAAUGUCAAACGAAAUUUUCUUACCUCCAAACCGAUGCUUCAGCUCAUCAGAGAGACACUGAUGAGGAAUGUGCCUCCCUCAUCCUCACCUGCCUCUUUUGCCAGUUUUUGGAUUGUCUCCUGAUGCUCCCAGACACGUGUGAGACGGUGUGCACCAACGCGUGCUGCCCCUCCUACCGGUACCACCACACCUCGGACGAAAGCCACUCCUGGAAUGACUGCAACUGCAACUGUGACAUGGACUGCAGCCUGUUUGAAUCUUGUCACGAGACCGGCGAGUGUCUGGAGCUGGCCAUGGAGAUUUCAGAGAUCUGUUACCGCUAGGCCGGGGCCUGCCGCAGAGCCGCUGCAGGACGCCCGACCCCAGCUGGAGGAAGGGCGUGUGCAUUUCUUGAGCGCUGCUGGCCGUUUACUCUGCAUCUGCCUGGGAAAGCAGUAGUGUCACUCAAAGGUCUUCUUCCAAAAUUCACAACCGCAUGGCUCGCUGAAAAAUAAGAUGUUGACCACAUGUGAUGAACAAGUCCUAAGUACCUCUUACAUGCCGCGGGCAACCGAUGUCUCCCAACAACCAUAGCAUGUUGAAGCCCACUGUGCUAAUGCACUCGCUGGCUUGCCGCAUGAAUUUGACUUCAUUCACAGAUUCAGGACAAAUUAGUGCGUUCUUUACCACUGACAUAUAUUAGCUCAUCUUUCUAAUGGACUCAUGCAUAAACAUUAUACAUUGUUGGUUAUUAUUAAUAAUGUAUUGCAUAACAUCAUUUUUAAUUAAAAAUUUAUUUAUACGGUCUCUUAAAAUUCACUUAUAUGUACAGUUUAGGUAGGAAAGGGAAUUAAAUAAAUUAGAAACCAUGUUCAUGUAAUUACAACAGAUUCUUUAAGACUCCUCCAGUGAAUUUCGAAUAUGAUGUACUUUGAGGGAGCCCUAUAAUUCUAGGGCGUGUUGCUCCAUGUCUGACUAUGGCAUAGCCAGUAAUGCAUGUUCUUAAUUUGUUGAGAAAGGGCUCUUCUUUAUCUAAUGAGCAAAAAUGGGAAUUGUGUGCAAGUUUCAAGAUAGUCAAUUCCUCGUUUUCCCCGUUUCUGUUUGUCAGGUACGUAGGCAACAGGAUAUCAAACAGAAUCAG